AGGACGAUGGCCGCUUCGCCCUCCUCCUCGCGCCGCAGGAUUCUUCGACGUCGGAGGGAGGGCCGCAAUGGCAGCUCUGGCAUUGCCUAGCUUCAAGCUCACAUGUUAUUCGAGAAUACCUUCGACUUCCCAAGAAAAUUUCACAUUUGCACGCUCCUUUUUCUCCUCUUACCUGGCUUCUCCUCCAUUGCGCUCUUCGCCUGUGGACAGACCCUCUGCUAUUUCUUUAAGAAGGCACAGAUCCCUGCCUCGAGCAUCAUCCGAAGGUAUUCCAGCUGAAUUGGUUGAAGAUUCUAAAUUUGUCCCCUUAAAUGCUGAUGACCCCAUAUAUGGUCCCCCAGCUUUGCUGCUGGUGGGAUUUGAAGUAGAUGAAAAGGAAAAGAUUCAAAUGUUUCUAAAAGAGCUCGAUGGAGACUUUUUAAAGGUUAUUUAUUGCACAGAGGAUAUGAUUGAGAAGACGGUAUCGGAUGCAAUGCACACUGAGCAAGUCCACUUAGAUGAUGUGAAGAUUGCUAAAUCUUUGCCCAGAUUGUGCAUUUUAUCAGGAUUAAGUGGAGAGGAGAUGAUAAUGUUCAUCGAUGCAUUUCCAGAAACUGGGUUGCAACCAGCUGUUUUUGCAGCACUUGUUCCAAAUAGUGCCGAUAAGCUUCUCCGAGAAGUGAUUGAUGAAAUAAUCGGGGAUCACGAAAUGCUGGUUGGGAAGCAGUCCGACUGAGUUUUUCCUGCAAGAGAAGUCUCAAGCUGUGUAGAUGUAAGGAUUCAAAACCUAAUCUAAUAGUUGUUUAGUUCAAUUCAAAUUUGCAUUGUAGUUGUUUUACAAUCUUAAUAUAAUAUAGAAAUGAGGAAAUAAUAAAAAUUUGAAAAAAUAUUCUACCCAA